UCCUUCUAUAAAUAAGAUAAUUUUCUUUUUUUCUUUUCCCCUUUUAUUCUUCCCUCUUUUGCAAAAUCCUCCACGGAGAGAAAUUUCAUCACCAUGGCGCGGCAGAGAUCCAAAAGAUUCGAACUUCCACCCGCUGAUGAGAAUGUUGAAAAAUUGGAGAAAGUUGUGAAAGAUGGAAAUUGUUAUGGAGCUCAACAGAUGUAUAAAUCCAUUAGUGCCAGAUAUGUAACUGCUCAGAGGUACACUGAAGCAUUAGAUAUCCUACAUUCAGGAGCAUGCAUUCAAUUGGCUCAUGGGCAGGUUACCUGUGGAGCAGAGCUUGCUUUAUUGUUUGUGGAGACAUUAGUAAAAGGGAAAAUUCCUUAUGAUGAUGGAACUCUUGAUCGUCUAAAAAAAAUCUAUGAAGGGUUUCCUCGGGUUCCAUUACCACAACACCUUUGGGAUGUUGAUGACAUGCAGCAACUUUCAGAAAACCUUGGAAGUGCAAAAACACGUGUUGAGGGCUGCUCCUCGUUCUUAAAAGCUGCUAUCAAGUGGUCUGCUGAAUUUGGAACAAGUGGUAGUGGAGCUCCAGAACUGCACAUUAUGCUGGCUGAAUACAUAUUUUCUGAAAGUCCUGAGGUGGAUAUGAAUAGAGUGACGUAUCAUUUUGUGAGAGGAAAUGAUACACAGAAGUUCGCUUCUACACUAGUGAACUUUUUGGGCAAGUGUUAUCCUGGUGAAGAUGAUUUGGCCAUUGCUCGGGCUGUUUUAAGGUAUUUAUCUUUAGGUAAUUUGAAGGAUGCAAACAUACUAGUUGACGAGAUAAAGAAGCAAACUGAAUCUACUGAGGUUGAGUUUCCAAAGACAGACUUGAUGCAGUUCCUCAAUUUUCUGUUGCAAACGAUGGAGAGAGAUGCUUUUCCACUUUUUAAUAUGUUGAGAGCAAACUAUAAGCCAAGUAUUGAGAGGGAACCUUCCUUCAAUGAGUUGCUAGACGAGAUUGCGCAGAAGUUUUAUGGCGUACAACGAAGGAACCCCAUGGGGAUGUUUGGAGAUAUAUUCAAGUUGAUGGGGGCUGAGUAAUGACAUUCAUGUUCGAGACUCUACUGAUAGAACAACAACUUCUUCAGAAGAUUCCAAUAAUUAUAGCACUUUUUCUCAUAGAUAGAGCAAAUUCAUAUCAACAAACAAAACCCUUGUGUAAUUUAUUGAUAAGGUUUAUUUAUGAUUUGUAAAUGCUGAUUUCACAAUCUUCAGUUGUUUUUCAUUAAUAAAUAGUUAUUGGUAGGACCCGUUUAGACCUUUUGAUAGAAUA